AUGACGGCGCACCGCAAGGGGUCCUCCGCGCGCCCCUCCGCCACGCUCCGCGGAAGCGCGGGCGGCGGAGGGGGCCCCGCGGGGGCGUUCGUGUGCGCUGCUCUAGAUACCGCACCUGGGGCUAGCGGCUCGCCUAGUAGCAGAGGUUCCGCCAAUGGCGUCGGGAAUGGCGGAGGCAGCAGUAACGGAAAUGGGAAUGCGGUCGGUGGUGGUAGUUCCGGUGCUGCUGCUGAUGCUGCUGGUGCUGCUGGUGGUGGUGGCAGCAGUGGGUUGUCUGGGUCUGGGACAACACAUGGGAAGGGGAGAUGGAAUAUAUGCCAGCAGUUACCUGUGAUUCUACUAACGGCUACUAAUAUGAUCAUCAUUUGCAUGCUCUACAGUGACAUAUCCCACCAUCACUCAGACGACUCCAUAUACCCUGACGACCCAUCCUCCCUCUCCCUCUCCUCCCACUCCCACUCACACUCGCGCCACCACCUGCACCCGCGGCACCGAUUGCAGCAAGACGCACUAGACUUGCAAGACAAUGGCUUGUUGUUAGAUGAGAGUGAUGAAGCAGGGGAUAGCAGCAGAGAUCGUUUGAAGAGGCUGGGGAAUGGUGAUGCUGACGUGGAGGGACAAACGGCGUUGGAUCGGGUUAGGGAUCGAUCGGACGGCUGGGAUGAUGAGGAGGAGAAGGGUGUCGGAGCGAGGAAGGGAGAGAAGAGGGAGGGGGAGGUGAAGGGGGUUGAGGAAGGGGAAGUGGAGAGGAGGUGGGGGGAUGGCGAAGGGGAAUCGGAGGAUGGUGGUGAUGAGGAGUAUGGCGGGAAAGAGGGAAAGAAACGGAGGGGCAAGAGUUGGAAGAAGAGGAGGAGGAGGAGGAGGAGGAGGAGGAGGAGGAAGCAAAACGCAGAGGGCCGAAAUGAAGACAGAAUUGAUGAUUAUGGGAAGGAAAUUGAUGGAGGUGCAGCUGGAAGCUCAGCCGCAGCAGGUGAUGUUUCAGGUGAUUUUUCAAGUGGUGGUCCAGGGUCCGACUUAGGACAAGGCAAUCCGGUUGGGAGAGAAAGAACUAGGAGAAAAUCGAAGAAAAAACGUACUGAGGGAGACGAGGAAGAGGUGGAAGGGGAGAGAGCAACAGAGAUGGACGAGGAGAGGCAAGGAGGGGAAAUGCGGGAUGGGGGAAGGGAUAGGAAAUUGGAUGGCGAAGGGGAGAACGGGGAAGCAAAGGAAAGAGAUGAUGAAGGGGAGAGAGGCUGGGAGGCAGGAGGAGAGAGAGGAAGAGGCAGGGAAGCAAUUGAAGGCAAUACGGAACGGGAAAGAGAAAGUGGGGGGGAUAGAAGCAAGAGGAUAUGGGAGCAGGGAAAAGGUGAGAGCUCGAGGAUGGAAAGAGGGGAUGGGAAAGGGAGUAAGGGAGGAGAGGAAGGGUUGAUUGCAGAAUGGAGGAGAUCUGGAGAGGAGAGGAGGAGUGCGGAGGAGGAGAGGAGGAAUGGAAAGGUGAGCCCUUGGCAUAGAGAUUUCGUUGAGGAGGGUGGGAGAGACGCUGAGGGGAGACAGAUGCAAGCGGUUGGUGGGAACAUGCAAGGGGAUGCAGGGAGGGAGGGUGGUAGCGUUGGUGGAAUCAGACAAGUCGUAGAGCGGCAGAGGGAGCAGCAGAAGCAACAGGAGGAGGACGCGCAACAGAAGCGGCUGGGACAGGGGCAGCAGAGGGAGUUGGUUCAACAGAGAGAGAAGCAGCAUACAGGGGAGCAUCAGGUGCAAGAGCAACACAAGGGGCAGAGGCAGCAGCAGAAGCGGGAGCAGCCCAGUGAGGGGAAUAGAAGAGUGGGAUCAGAAGGAAGAGAAGGACAUGUGCAGAAUGGGUCAGAUAGGGGGUUUUCCUCUUCCCCACUGCUCUCAAGCCUCUCUCUCCCUUCACCUUCCCUUUCUUCUCCCACGCUCCCUCCUGCUCCUCGUGCUCCUCCGCUCCACACCCCUCUUCCAUCCCUCACUUCUACUCCUACAAAAUCCUCUUCUCCCCACACAAUCCCCUCUCCUUCCCAAGCCUCCGCGCUGCCUCCUCCUUCCCCAUCCCUCUCCUCCCCCCGUUCGCAUCUCGCUCCCCCAUCCUCGCACUCUCCCCCUCCUCCUUCCUCUCACGUUCCCUCUUUGUCUCUCUCCCCUUCUCUGUCAGUUUCACCAUCCUCCUUGAUAACCCAAUCGGGAAGGGCUCUUUCCCCCCCUUCCCUUUCCACCAACAAGGGGGCACCUGGGAUGCUAGCCGCAUCGGCUCAUCUGCCCAUGUUCCUCCCUUAA